UUUAUUUCUCUUUGUUUUACUUCUCUUCACUUGCACAACUGGGGGCCACCAAGAUGCAUACGCCACGAGUUUAAAUACAUUGAUUGUGCCAGAUGCCCGGCUCACCCUGGGGGGGCACCUAAACAUGGCUUCGAGAACACGGAAUCAGACGAGAAUACCGGGUAUAAAGUUUAUACUGCGGACGCCGUAGGGGUUGCCUUGCCGGCGCAAUUAUCAGCGGCAAGCCCGGCGCAAGAAGAGGAGGUCGGGAACACAUCGAUUGAUGAGUUGCAGGGUGGGUACCCCGAGUGGCAGACAAGCGGACAUGGCAACGUCACCUACAAGAGGUACGGCGAUAUGUCGGGGGGCCGGGAGAGCGGGGUCGGAGACACUACCAUUGGUUUCCCGGAUGCAUUGGACUGGUCAUCGAAGGGGCUUCUAACAGAGGUCGGGAUGGAUUCCGUCACACAAUCUUUUGUCCAGUUGGGCGUCCAAGAACAGCCAGAUGUCCGGAGGAUCUCAAGUUCUCAGUAUGCGUUCGUUGAAGUAUACCUCAAGAACGGGAAAACUUGUUUCAGGGAUCCCCACACCAAGAAGGAGGUAAAAACUAAGGGGGAGGAUUGGGAAGAGGCCCUGGUUGAUCAUAAUGGUACUUGGGCGACAUGCUUCGUGUAUGAGGAUCGGGUUUACACUUUUACUGUCAUGGAAGAUGCGGAAGAUGCAGGGGAGCCAUCGUCUAGCAAGAGCAACAAAGAUAAAAAGGGCAAGGGACGCCGCAAGUCACCAACCAUUCGAACCAUUGUCAAAGCCAACCUUGAGUCCAACAUGGCUCAAACGCAUUUCAACGAUUCUGCCGCCGCCUGCAUAAUGCUGCAGGGUCAAGCACACUGGAAGCGCCUUGCCAAACUUGGCCGUUCUUCCCAUAUUGAGGUCUCGCCUGCUGACCUUAAAGCGCUAUUGUGCAGAGUUCCAGCUCUGCCAAGCAAGAUCCCCAAAGAUGACACCUGUAUUGUGGGCUCCUCAACCUGGAUAAAUACCAGUACGACGUGUUUUGCACAACCGCAGACAAUGGAUCGCACACUACCUCUGAGAAAACGCAAUUCAACAAUCUGUCGAAUCUCUGCCUCAACUAGCUUUGAGAAAUGGGAGGGGCAUUUUAAUAAUGGUAUCGCAUUGAUUACAAUUGGAUGGGCUUAUAUCUUAAGCCACAAGAGGACCCCCCCCCGGAAGACACAGCUACUUCAGCUUAAGUAUGCAACUUCAGCAGAGAAGUCAUGGUGGAAAGCAAUUCUCACUCAAAGAUGGAAGGUUGAGGGAGACAUCAUUACUCCUUGGACUCUAUCACUUGAAAACAUAGGCGUGGAUAUCAGCAGCGACAUCUGUACAGCUGAGAAACCACCCUCAUCUACUCAGGCUGCCUCAUACCUCGGCCGGUUUUGUGCCGCAUAUGAUUUAGGAAACCAACUCUCAGCAUCUCUAGCUGCAGCGAUGUGUAUUCCUCUCCAAGGCUCUCUACUCCCUAUGAAACAAUCAAAAAUAGAGCUUCCAAAGCCUACAAUAAUUCAGCCAAGUUUUAAUCCAGGAGGGCAAGAAUUCAUCCCAGAAGACUUUCAGCUAAUCGAUUAUUAUAUGACUCUCAGCCUUGAUACAUCAACCAUGGGCUGCACAAUUUGGAGUGUGUUCUGGGCUGAUGGUAUCCCAUGCAACCAUGUUGGUGCAUGGUUUGGGCCAAUUGCAGCUCUUCUCUGCCCUCUAAUUGAGAAAAACGAUAUGAAGUCGCUUGUUCAGGUCCUCUCAUUCUCUAAAGCGGCACCAUUUUGGGCUGGGAGUGCUCUCAUAGGCCAUACCAGCCUUGUGGGCAGAAUCAAGGACUAUCUUAAUCUUGGCCGAGUGGUUCCUUCCACUUGGCCAGACCCAACAGCAGCAGCAUGGACGGGCAUACCACACUCAUUUUUAGAUGAUUAUACCAUACAGCCCUGUAGUAGUGGAUCUAUAUCUAGGGCUGAUGUGUGGCGGUUGCGGCGUGAAUUUAACUCGGUAUAUGAGGAGGAUAACUUCAAACAUCCUCUCCAAUAUAGCUGGCCACCGUUUGGGCGUAUGAAAGAGGAGGAUGUUGAGCUUGAGAUCCGACAACACAUCUCAUGUCCCCAUCACUGGGUGUAUUCAGUUUGGACUUGGCCUGCUUCAACUGAUGCCGGUUUCUCCCCACACGGCAAAAUUAAGACACCAGAACAUUUUUUCGCUCAAGGGGAGUCUGGAUGUUUAAGCCGGAAACGAGUGUGUGUUGGCGAAAAUCAAAGUCUCAAUAGCAUUGAGGCUUCUAUGGAAGUAACGCGUGCUGUAUUCUCAUGGGCUCAAAGCCAGCUGGAGGAGGGAUUUAAAGAUAUUACUAUGGUUGGGGCUAAACAAGGAGACGGGUCCGAAAGUGAGCAAUUCUCGAUCAGCGAGGAAUCUGAAGUGAGCCACGGAUCUCAAUCAAUGCCUGAUGAGCUGAGGAAAGAAAAGCGGACAAGUGUGUUAGCCUGGCUCGGUAUGAGUGGCAGAGAUACU